GGGGAUAAUGUUAUCGAGUGAUUAUUCUGACUGAGAUGUUUUACUUGGUUUCUGCUUCUUGAUCAUUUGAUGUUUAAGUAAAAUGAGGCACAGGGUUGUUGCUGAGUCGUGUGGGAACAGCAUUGUGAUUUGCUGGCCUAAUUAAAAAUGAUAAAGGAUUAAAGGAAAAGAUGAACCUGGACUGAAGGGUAUAGACCCGGGACACAUACCUGGGGCAGGAAAAAGAAGUGGAAGAGACGACUUUUUUUUUUGUAAGAGAAAAUCUGGUGGAGAUAAACGAAUGUCCCCUCAUCACCAAAGGAAAGUUCUUCGGAUUUUCAUUCCAGAAAUCUUGUUUUCAGGAUGUCAGUGAACAUUUCCACUGCAGGAAAAGGUGUGGAUCCAAACACAGUUGAUACUUAUGACAGUGGUGAUGAUUGGGAAAUUGGGGUUGGGAAUUUAAUAAUAGAUUUGGAUGCUGAUUUGGAGAAGGACAGACAGAAAUUAGAGAUGAAUAAUUCCAGUAACAGCACUAGCAGCAACAGCUCCAAGGAUUGUGGGAGUUUGGCUUCCAGUGGGGCUAAUGCUACCACCGUCUUAGCUGAUGGCCUAAAAUUUGCUUCUGUUCAGCCCUCUGCUCCCCAGGGGAAUUCACACAAAGAGACCAGCAAAUCAAAAGUGAAAAGGAGUAAAACUUCUAAGGAUGCUAAUAAAUCUCUGCCUUCUGCUGCCUUGUAUGGGAUUCCUGAGAUCAGCAGUGCUGGUAAGAGGCAGGAAGUCCAAGGGCGCCCUGGAGAGGCAACUGGCAUGAAUUCAGCACUGGGUCAAUGUGUGAGCAGCAGCAGCUGUGGCAACCCAAACAGCAAUAAUACCAAUACCAGCACCAGCACCACUAUUGCUGCCACAGGGGCAGCCUCUUGUGGGAAAAAUAAAGAGGAGAAAACAGGUAAAAAUCAGAGCAGUAGAGGCUCCAAGAGGGAUAAAGAUACAGGGAAAUCCAGGAAAGACAAACAUGACCUGCUUCAGGGCCAUUCCAAUGGCAGUGGUGGCCAAGUCCCCUCUGGGGGGCACCUGUAUGGUUUUGGGGCCAAGGGCAAUGAUGGCGGGAGUCCCUACCAUUGUGGGGAUGCUGGGAGUGUUACCUCCUCCCCUGGAGGGGAAGUUAGCAAAAAUGCUCCGGAUUCAGGGCUCUUGGGGAACUCUAUUUUGGUAAAGAAAGAAGAAGAGGAUGAGCAGAACCACAGGCGAAUCAAGAAACUGAAAACAGAGAAGGUAGGACAAGUCACCUUCUUAGAUAUUCACCUUGUGUACCUCAUUGUUUAUUUUUAUCUGGGUGCCUUUACCUAUGUAUACCAUAAACAUGGUUUGCUUUCUGGUCUUAGUGGCAUUUAUAUUGUAUCACCAUUAUUAUUUAAUAUCCGAGUGAAUUAUUUAGAUCUGUACAACUAAUGGUGUUCUUGUAGCUGUUGUGGUGGCAGCAGUGAUCACUUCAUAGAUGGAAGUUUAUGUGUGAGUGUGUUUAUAUAUGAGA